AUAUAUUAUGCUACAAUGCAUACGAGGCUACGAAGUGUGAAUUUACUAUCAGCUGCUGCUGUUUUGGUCGCUAUUUGUUAGCUUAGUAUGACUUUUCUUCUCGUUUUCUAUAUAGGUAGUUGCUAACUGAUUGCUAACUGACUAGUAUUUUUCUAUAUUCGUCAUCAUAAUUCAUCAUUGACUAUUGUUGAUAUCGUUUGUUCUUCUAACAUACUCGAUUUCUAAAUGUGGUUGAAUUGUGUCGAAGUUUUUUGAACUUUAUUUUUGCAGUUAUUUGAAUAUUAUCAUGUCCGAUUUGAAAUCAUUGGAACACCCGACGUUAAAGGUUCCUUAUGAAGUUCUCAAUAAGAAAUUUCGAACAACACAAAAAACAUUGGACAGAGAAGUUUCACAUUUUCAAAACGCUGUUCAAGAGUUUGAACGUGAUAUCUCUUCAGAUGUAGCUAUGACAGACACUUCUCAUAUUUCCUCACUGCUUAGCGGCAUGGUUGAAAAACUGAAAGUGCUUAAAAGAAAGGCUGAUGAAGGUAUAAAUGAUGAAUUGCAAGCCGGUAUGGUAUGUAAAAAACGUCUUGAACACUUAAAAGAACAUAACUCACCUUGUGAAGCUAUUGUAAAAAAUUGGCGUCGCCGUCGGCUUGAUCGAAUGUUAGUGGAAUACUUUUUACGCUGUGGAUAUUAUAACUCUGCCAAUAAACUUGCAAAUAAUUCAGAUCUUAAUGAUCUUACCAAUAUAGAUUUAUUCAUGAUAUCAAAGGAAGUUGAACAUUCAUUGGCAAAUCAUGAAACAUCAAAAUGUUUGGCAUGGUGUCACGACAAUAGGUCAAAAUUACGAAAAUUACGUUCAACUAUGGAAUUCAAUUUACGAAUACAAGAAUUUAUAGAACUUGUUCGUCAAGAUAAACGUCUUGAUGCUGUUCGACACGCUAGAAAGUAUAUAUCAACAUUCGAAGAUACCCGUAUGGAUGAAGUACAACAGUGCAUGGUUUUAUUGGCUUUUCCAACUGAUACUGAAAUAUCACCUUAUAAAGAAAUGUUUGAUGAGACUCGUUGGCAACGGUUAAUUGAACAGUUUCGUCAAGAAAAUUAUAAUUUAUAUCAAUUAUCAUCACAGUCAGUAUUUACUGUUGUAUUACAAGCUGGAUUAUCUGCUCUAAAAACUCCUCAGUGUUAUAGUGAAAUUAAAGAAGCCCGAAAUGUAAGCUGUCCAGUUUGUCAAGAAUGGUUCAACACUCUAGCAAAACCAUUACCUUUUGCACAUUGUAGUCAGUCUCGACUGUUUUGUUCAAUAUCAGGACUUCCAUUGAAUGAACAUAAUAUACCUAUGGUAUUACCAAACGGAUACGUUUAUGGAGAACAGGCUUUGGUGGAGAUGUCAAAUCAAAAUAAUGGACAAGUAAUUUGUCCCAAGACCAAAGAAGUGUAUUGGUUAAAACAAGCAGAAAAAGUUUACGUAAUGUAAUAAAAUAAUCUAAGAUUUUAAAUUUAAAUUUAACUUGUUUAUGUGCCAUUUUCUAUUUUUUAAUUAUUAUUAUUAAAUAUUGACCUAUCUUGCAUUGUAACUCAUUUCUUCAAGACAAAUUUCAUAUAAUGUAAGUAACUCUAUACAAUGUAUAAUAAUAAUUUCUUUAUACUUCAAGAUUACAUUUGCUGUUUCCAAUAUUAAAAAUUGUAUAGUCGAUUAUUCAAUAAAAUUAAAUCAUUUACGUUAUAUAAUAUACAACUUAUUAUAACUCUUUUCAGUGCAUCUUGACAAGGUAUAACUUAUAUACAUUUUUCAUUUUAUGUAUUUAUAAAAAAAUAUAAGUAUAAAAUUAAUUUUAAAUUGUAACUUAAUUUUGUUAUAAUAUUAGUAUAUUUACUAUUUUU